AGCUGUGUCCAAUCACAGCUGAUCGCAUCACUGAUGAACAGUGCACCCUGAUGAUCAGUGUAGCCCCAUUAGUGCCACCUGUCAGUGUCCAUCAAUGCCACCUGCUAGUGCCCAUCAGUGCCACAUCAAUGCCACAUUUCAGUGCCUACCAGUGCACAUCAAUGCCACAUAUCAGUGUGCAUCUGAGCUGCCUUUCAAUGCCACCUAUCAGUGCCAGUCAGUGCCACAUAUCAGUGCCGCCUAUCAGUGCCAUAUAUGAGUGCUGUCUUUCAGUGCCCAUAAGUGAUGCCUGUUAAUGCCCAUCAGUGCCACCUACCAGUGGCUCCUCAUCAGUGUCCAUCAGUGCUG